CGCAGUGCGCGAGGCGGAUGUCCGGGCCGGCUGGGCCGGGGCGGCGGACGAGAUGGCGGAAGGCCGAGGCUGCCGUGAGCGACCGGAUGUGGAGACCCAGAAGUCGGAGCUCGGAGCCUUGAUGAGCACCACGCUGCAACGCGGGGCGCAGUGGUACCUUAUUGACAGCCGGUGGUUCAAGCAAUGGAAGAAGUAUGUGGGCUUUGAUAGCUGGGAUAUGUACAAUGUGGGUGAACAUAACUUGUUUCCUGGACCGAUAGACAACUCUGGACUCUUUUCAGAUCCUGAGAGUCAGACCUUGAAGGAACACUUGAUUGAUGAACUGGAUUAUGUGUUGGUCCCCACUGAGGCCUGGAAUAAAUUACUAAAUUGGUAUGGCUGUGUGGAAGGCCAGCAACCCAUUGUCAGAAAAGUUGUGGAGCAUGGCCUGUUUGUCAAACACUGUAAAGUGGAAGUGUAUUUGCUGGAAUUGAAGCUCUGUGAGAACAGUAACCCCACCAAUGUGCUGAGUUGCCAUUUCAGCAAGGCAGACACCAUUGCAACCAUCGAGAAGGAGAUGCGGAAGCUGUUCAACAUCCCUGCAGAGCGUGAAACACGGCUCUGGAACAAAUACAUGAGCAACACCUAUGAGCAGUUGAGCAAGCUAGACAACACGAUCCAGGAUGCUGGGCUCUACCAGGGUCAGGUGCUAGUAAUUGAGCCCAAAAAUGAAGAUGGUACAUGGCCCAGGCAGACCCUUCAGUCAAAAUCAAGCACUGCGCCUAGCAGAAAUUUUACUACCUCUCCAAAAUCAUCAGCAAGUCCCUAUUCCUCAGUGUCUGCCUCUCCUAUUGCAAAUGGUGAUAGCACUAACACCUCUGGGAUGCACAGUUCCGGUGUCAGCAGGGGUGCAUCUGGCUUCUCUGCUUCGUAUAAUUGUCAGGAUCCUCCAUCGUCGCAUAUACAGCCUGGCCUCUGUGGACUCGGAAACCUGGGAAACACCUGCUUCAUGAACUCUGCUUUGCAGUGCCUGAGCAACACUGCACCAUUGACCGAGUACUUUCUCAAGGAUGAAUAUGAGGCUGAAAUCAACAGAGACAACCCUCUGGGAAUGAAAGGGGAGAUUGCAGAGGCCUAUGCAGAACUGAUUAAGCAGAUGUGGUCUGGAAGGGACUCUCAUGUGGCACCUCGCAUGUUCAAAACCCAAGUGGGACGUUUUGCCCCUCAGUUUUCUGGCUAUCAGCAACAAGACUCUCAGGAGCUGUUAGCCUUCAUUCUAGAUGGAUUGCAUGAAGACCUGAACCGGGUAAAGAAGAAACCCUACUUGGAGCCAAAGGAUGCCAGUGGGCGGCCGCAUGAGGUGGUGGCAAAGGAAGCCUGGGAGAAUCACAGGUUGAGGAAUGAUUCUGUGAUUGUGGACACUUUCCAUGGCCUCUUCAGAUCUACUUUGGUUUGUCCAGAAUGUACCAAAGUUUCUGUGACUUUUGACCCAUUUUGCUAUCUAACUCUCCCACUGCCCUUGAAGAAGGAUCGAAUCAUGGAGGUCUUCCUGGUUCCUGCUGAUCCUCAGUGCAGACCUACCCAGUACCGUGUGACUGUGCCACUGAUGGGAGCAGUGUCUGACCUGUGCGAGGCUCUUUCCAGGCUGUCUGGUGUUGCUGCAGAAAACAUGGUGGUCACAAAUGUGUAUAAUCAUCGGUUCCACAAAAUUUUCCAAAUGGAUGAAGGUUUAAGUCACAUCAUGCCUCGGGAUGACAUUUUUGUGUAUGAGGUCUGCGGUACUUCCAUGGACGGCUCAGAGUGUAUCACUCUUCCAGUCUACUUCAGGGAGAGGAAGUCCAGGUCACCAAGUACUUCUUCCGGGGCAGUGCUCUAUGGACAGCCACUUCUGGUUUCUGUCCCUAAGCACAAGCUAACCCUCGAGUCUUUGUACCAGGCUGUUUGUGAUCGUAUCAGCCGCUAUAUAAAACAGCCUUUGCCUGACAAGUUUCUCAGCUCGCCCUUGGAGCCGGGGGCCUGCAAUGGCUCCAGGGGCAGCUAUGAAGGAGAUGAGGAAGAAAUGGAGCAUCAGGAAGAAGGCAGAGAACAGCUUUCAGAAACAGAAGGCAGUGCUGAGGACGAGCAGGGCGAUGACCUUAAUGAGACCACCCGAAAGGUCAAAGGCCAGACAAGCCGAAAAAGGCUUUUUUCCUUCAGUCUUGUGAACUCAUAUGGAACUGCUGAUAUAAAUUCACUUGCUACUGAUGGGAAACUACUCAAACUCACCUCUCGAUCCACACUGGCCAUUGACUGGGACAGUGAGACCCGGAGCCUUUACUAUGAUGAGCAAGAAUCUGAGGCCUGCGAGAAGCACGUGAGCAUGCUGCAGCCACAGAAGAAGAAGAAAACCGCGGUGGCCCUGAGAGAGUGCAUCGAGCUCUUCACCACCAUGGAGACGCUUGGGGAGCACGACCCCUGGUAUUGUCCCAAUUGUAAGAAGCACCAGCAGGCAACAAAGAAGUUUGACCUGUGGUCCUUGCCCAAGAUCCUGGUGGUCCACCUCAAACGCUUCUCCUACAACAGAUACUGGAGAGAUAAGCUUGACACAGUCGUAGAAUUCCCAAUCAGAGGUCUGAACAUGUCCGAGUUUGUCUGUGACCCGUCAGCAAGGCCUUACGUUUACGACCUCAUUGCCGUGUCCAAUCACUACGGAGCCAUGGGGGUUGGCCAUUACACGGCGUAUGCAAAGAACAGACUUAAUGGGAAGUGGUAUUACUUUGAUGACAGCAGUGUGUCCCUGGCCUCUGAGGAUCAGAUAGUGACGAAAGCGGCUUAUGUGUUGUUUUACCAGCGCCGGGAUGAGGAGUAUUACAAGGCCCCUCCAGAGUCUCCAGACAGAGGGACGAGGCCGAGCAGCUCACAGCAGGCCUUGGGUGAUGGUGAGGCUUGCAGCAUGGACACUAACUGACGCUGACUCUGUGACCCUGCUACCCCACAGCACCGGUGUCAUCCCCCCACCCCCCUGGAGAAUGUCUUUGGCACCCAGCAGACUGCUCAUGUUCAUUCUAAAACCAGAUGAGGAGAUCCUUUCUCUUAAGAGAAGAGAAAAAAAAAGACCAUUUUCUCAUUAGGGUUAUGUCAAGAGGCUGAAUUAUUUUUCUUUGUAAACAGGUGGUGAGAAUAAAGCCUGUGGAGCUGACUGGGGUGGGGGGUGUUGGGUGAAGUGUGAUGCACAAUGGAGUAUGUGGAUUCCCAAGAAUAAAGAGGAACACCCUGUGAUUGAGUACCACGACACCACAGACCCACCUGCAGGGCUGGGCUGAACUCCUGGGGGUUUGUUUUGGUGCCCAUACUGGUUACCCCAAUAGUCUGGCCACAGUAAAAUGAGCCUCAAGUAAA